UUGUUGUAACUUGGUAACAGUUCAUGGCCUCAUGUUAGUACAUUGAAGAAAAAAAAAAAAAAAAGAGUUUCACAUCCUCUACCUGUAGGUGAGUAUCUGCGCAUGCUCCAGCUCUUGUGUUGGGUGUGUGUAACACCAUAAAUACCCCAGUCAGGUGCAAAGAGCCUUUUAUGCAAGUAUCCUUGUGUGUGUGUGGGGACUAAAAGAUGAAGGUCUUACUGUACGUGUGUUUUAUUUUGUUUGUUACUGAUGAAGCAACUGGACAGACAACGAACCCUGCCUGUGAUAAAGUUAAUAACUUUGACGAAUGUUUGAAUAAUGGGGGGCUCUGUGAUGAGAAUAAGAGCAGAUGUACCUGUUUCGAUGGACAACCAUUCUGUCGGUGCAACAGUCAAAAGGGUGAGUUUUACACUGAUGAAAACUGCACUCAGAGAUGGACAGUAGUGACCUUUGCCCUGGUGGCAUCUCUGCCUGGUCUUACACUCGCUGUGCUGGUGGGGGUGAUCGUUUACAUGAUAAUGGUAUCAUCAGACAAGAGCCACACAGGUGAAGGAAAGACGGCACCCAAGACAUCCUCUAAAGGGCAGGACAUGUUCCCUGGAAUUGCUUUUUCUUCUGAUAUUAAUGGUCGGCCUCCCCCAAACAUGAGACCUGUGCAAGAAGAUCAUGUUCUGAAAGCCAUGCCCAACCGCCCGUAUAGUUCAUCCAGCAGUGUGCAUCCAUCUGUUAACAGCAUGACUGAUGGACGACACCGUGAGCCGAACAGUGUGUACAAUGGCAUGCGUGACCCUCCUAUGGGAGGUCCUGUGCAGCCUUACAGCAAUGGCGCAGUUCGGGGUCAGAUUGUUAGCAACCCUUAUGCUAGAGAUUCACCCAGCCGAAACCCCUAUAAAGAACACGGCUCUUCUGCAGACUACCACAGUGAUUACAGACAGCAUGCCCUUUCACACACAUAUGAAGACCUGAAACCGAACCAGCCCUAUUCUCCUGCUCCACUCUUUGCUUCCUCUGAACACGGAAACCUCCGCAAUGGAUUUCCACGACCCCAGUUAAAUCUACAAUACUAGAACCCUUUUCUUUCAUUAUCAGAACGGAUCCAUUUUGUAAUUAUUUGAUGGGUUAAAAAUAUAUUUUGUUGCUUAAGUUCUUUAAUUAUUGCCUGAUGAUAAAAAAAAACGAACGUAGUGAUGCUAAUUUGUGCUUACUUGUGUAGUAUAAUACUGGUAUUCAUGUUUAUAUGUCCUGUAAUAUAAGUUUGAAAUGUACAUUGGGGCAC